AUGUCGGUCAAUCAGCUCCGGACAGAAGCGCAGCAGCAGCAGCUCACACCGGCCUCCACUCACAUGCUGUGGCCGGACAGAUGGAGUCAGUCCGUGGGUGUCGUGAUGAAUGGAUGUCCCGGAGUUUCCAGCAGCUCCUCCUCCUCCUCCUCCUCCUCCUCCUGCUGUCAGGGCCGGAACCAGAGGGGUCCAGGGCCUCGACAGCACAGGCUCGCUUUUGUGUUCAUAAUGCGUGAGUGCAUCUCUAUUCAUGUGGGCCAGGCCGGAGUCCAGAUUGGCAAUGCAUGCUGGGAGCUUUUCUGCCUGGAACACGGGAUCCAGCCAGACGGACAAAUGCCCAGUGACAAGACCAUUGGAGGUGCAGAUGACUCGAGCAACACCUUCUUCAGUGAGACUGGAGCUGGAAAACACGUCCCCAGAGCGGUGUUUGUUGACCUGGAGCCGACUGUCAUCAAUGAGGUGCGCACUGGGACCUACCGCCAGCUGUUCCACCCUGAGCAGCUGAUAACUGGGAAGGAGGAUGCUGCCAACAACUACGCCCGUGGACACUACACCAUCGGCAAAGAGAUCAUUGACCUGGUGAUGGACAGGAUCCGUAAACUGGUACGACACUUAAUAUCAUAA